AUGGCAACUCAGACGAUCAGCGCAAGAACCCAGAACGGAAAUUCCAUUCCGGAGAAUAUAGCUGCAAAGGGCGACAAUGGCUCUCACAAGUUUGAGACUGGCGAAGCCUUGGUUGAAGCUCUUACGGAUGUUAACGUACUCCCUCUAUGGGCGCAGAUGGCAAGACUCAACCCUGCGCUUCCAAACCCAACUACCAAGCCCUUCAUUUGGGAGUAUGAGAAGAUCCGGCCAUACUUGGUGAGCGCUGGUGAGCUCAUCAAGGAAGAGCAAGCUGAGCGACGUGUUCUUAUGCUAGUCAACCCCGAAAGAACUGCUCCUUAUACUACCGACACACUGUACGCUGGACUGCAGCUGGUCAUGCCACGAGAGACGGCUCCUGCCCAUCGUCACUCUGCCUUUGCCGUGCGCUUCAUCAUUGAAGGGCAAGGUGGUUUCACGGCUGUGCAUGGUCGCCGCGUCGAGAUGAGACCUCGCGAUGUUCUUGUCACACCAACAUGGAACUGGCAUGAUCACGGCAAGAAAGGGGCAGGAGAAAAGGGCGGUGAUGACUCCCCCGUCAUCUGGCUCGAUGGCCUGGACCUGCCCGAGUUCAUUCACUUCCCAGUCCACUUCAACGAACACUACUCGGCUUCGCGAUAUCCGGCCGAGAAUGUUGAUAACUCGCCAAUUGUCUUCCCGUGGGACAAUAUGCAAAAGAAGCUCGAUAGCCAGACGUCAGCGUGGGCCAAGGCACGUUAUUUAAAAGAGAAUGGUUCUGAACUGAGUAAGACUAUUGGAGCAUCCGCUGAGCGCAUCGAGGCUAAGUCCGAGUCACCAUCAAUCCGCGAGACUUCAUCAGCAGUCUACCAUGUCAUUGAAGGAAGCGGUUAUUCGCAAGUAGGGGAUAAGAAAAUACACUGGAAGGCUGGUGAUACAUUCUGCAUUCCGGCAUGGUAUCGCUACCAACACUUUGCUGGUGAUGAGAAGGCUUACCUAUAUCGUUUUGAUGAUCAUCCUAUGCUCAAGGCACUUGGCUUUUACCGCUACGAAGGUCAAGACUCUGAAUCACUGGUUUCGGAAUAG